AUGGGCCAAAGGGCAUCCUUGGUUGUUGAAGUCGAGAUCGAUGCUUCAGUUGAGGUCGUCAAAUCACUUUUCAAAGACUUUCCUCGUUUCCCAGAAUGGAGCAGCUGGUCCAUCGAACCAGUGACUUCAUCCAAAAAGAUCGAUGACUUGAUGCCCAUGGAAAAGAUGAGGGUCGACGUCAAAGACGCCAAGCUCACAGCGACUCUCAUCGUGAGUAAUUACAUUCAGCUCCUCUAA